UAAUCAAAAAUGACAGCGCCCAUGCGAUGGCGAAUAGUUAGGCCGGUGUCGUUGAACAUUUUAUACAGGGUUUACACAACCAAUAUGAAAUUAGCCUGGAAAUCACAGACUUUGUCCAAUUACCGGUACUAUAAUCAUUGAUCAGGUUAGAAUUAAGCAGAUGUACAGUAUAUACCCCGGCUAAUUCUAAAAGUAGAGUUGAGAAACUGACGGAAGAAAACCAGUAUAAAAAUCUAUCCGAUGUAGUAACACCUCUAGAACAUCGUCCAUAUAAUGAUCAAUUAAAGACAAAAGAAUUUUUGAUGAGAAGAGCUUUAAAAAAAAUAUAUAACACAAUCAAAGAUCACCGAAGAGGUUCAACUCCACAACUAGAUGAAAUAGCCAAUCAAUCAGAUGGUCAAAUAUGUCCAUUUAUAGAAGUCAAACCAUCUCCAGUUAUCUAUGGUUAUAGAAAUAAAAACUCUGUUAAUUUUGGUAAAGAUGUCAAUGGUAAUGAGAAAACAGUUGGUUAUUCUAUAGGUAAAUAUAAAGAUCAAAAUAUGGUGUAUGCUAAACCUUAUCUUCUUCCUAAUAUUUCUGAUCAACAUAAGAAUAUAAUCAAGUCUGUUGAAGAUUAUAUAAGACAGUCAUGUUUCCAUGCAGAUAGUUCUAGGUAUGGUAUAUGGAGAUCUGCUAUAAUAAGAUCGACAAAACGUGGAGAGAUAAUGUUGUGGUUUGUUUUAAAUCCUUAUUCUUUAUCGCAGGAAGAACUUGAACAUGCCAAAAAUGAGUUGAAAGAUUAUUACUCCAAUGGGCCAGGAAUAUUGGUAGGAGUUACAUCCCUUUAUUUACAGGUGUGCAAAGGAUUCACACCAAGAUUAGGCAACACAGAGACUAUACAUUUAUCAGGAACAGAAUAUAUUACAGAAGAAUUGAAUGGCAAGAAAUUUAUAAUAGCACCAGAAUCAUUCUUUCAAGUUAACACCACAGCAGCUGAAGUUCUCUUUAAAACUAUUGGUGAAUUGCUGGUUGAAAAAUCAACAAGUAAUUUACUUGAUGUUGGCUGUGGAACGGGUACUAUAGGAAUAUUAUUAUCAGAUUAUGUUAGCCAUGUAUAUGGUAUAGAUGUAAUGCCUUCAGCUAUUGAAUGUGCCAAAGAAAAUGCCAAAUUAAAUGAUAUAAAGAAUAUAGAAUUUCUAUGUGGUAUGGCUCAUACAACAUUAAAACAGAUGAUUGAAGAUAAUCACAGUGGAUUAAGAUUAGAUAAUAUGGGAGCUAUAUUAAAUCCUGGUCGAGUAGGAUUAAAUAAGAAGUUUAUUUAUGCAUUAAGGAAUUGUCCGGAAGUAAAACACAUUAUUUAUGUAUCAUGUAAACCUGCAGGAAAUGCCCUUAGAAAUAUUGUAGAUUUAUUGGUACCUGAAGAUGAAAUUAUACAAGGAAAAUGUUUUAGAGCAGAGAAAGCCUUGGCUGUAGAUAUGUUUCCACAUACUAGACACUGUGAAUUAGUGAUAUCCCUUGUUAGAUAGGACCAUCAAUAAAACAUAUUUUAUUACAUUAAACAUACAUUGUGAAUUAGUGAUAUCCCUUGUUAUAUAGCUUCAUCAAUAAAACAUCUUUUAUUAUAUUAAACAUACAUUGUGAAUUAGU